UUUUCUUCUGGAGCAUUUAUGUGUGCUGAUCUCAGAGAAUGGGGUAUGUGUUUAACAAUCAGAGCCCCUACUUUCGAUUGCAGAAAUUUGGGACUUUGUGGCACUUUUGAUGAAAACCCAGAAAAUGAUUUCCAUGAAAAUGGGAUCAAAACUGAUGAAACCUUUAAUAGCUGUAUUGCCUUUAUAAAUGAAUGGAGGAUUUUACCAGGAAAAAGUGUGUUUGUAAUGCCUGUUUCUCUGCCAUCACCUGUAAAGCUCUCUUAUUAUAGCUGCUCACUUGACAGGGCUUCAUUGUAUCCAUCUUUAAAUCAUCUAAACAGUGUUUCAGAAGUCAUUUCAAGUUGCAAAGAUCUGAGACAUGUCAAAUUCAUUUCCUUAAUACCAGAACAAGAUGUCACCUCUGAAUAUAUUUAUUCAGGUGCUCUUGUUAGAGAGAUAAACAAAUAUAUCUCUCAAGAAAUAAAUAAUAUGAAAAAUGUUCCUCAAGAAAAUAAGCAUAUGAAGCAAACUGAACUGGACUUAUAUUUGCAAAAACAUCCUGGGAAUGAAAAUCAAGAUGCACCAUAAAACUUGGAUGGUGGGAGACAAAUGACAGACAGCCACAGUCAAAAGAAGAGUUGGGAUCAACAAAAUAGAAGAAAAAGGGAAAAUUUUAUGUGCUUCUUUCCACUGUUUGCUUUCCCAAGUCUCAGCAAAAGUGACCUAGAAGAGUAUUAUUUCUUCCCUGAAGAUCAUAUCCAGGCUGUCCACAUAACCACACUCUCUGGCCUCACCAAGCACAGCACCUGGGUUCUGGGUCAGCAGACUAUCAACUCCAGCUUUGGAAGGCUCUGUCUCAUUUUUCUUGGCAACAGACUAGACAGUGUUAUAGAUAUGUGUGUUAAGGGUGUCCUUUUAAAUGAUGAUCUUAGCUGGGCAGAAGCAGGCUUAGCACUUUUAGAAAGUGAAUGUGAAAAGAGGAUUUUGAAAGAGGGAAUAUACAACACAGAAGAAUAUGGCAAGUCUAUUGAAGACAUUGUCUCAGAACUAAAAUCUGAUUUACGUAGUGUCAUUGGGGAGUGUAUGGAAUGGGGCUGCUUGUGUUCUCCAGCUAGUUCCUGUGACUGCAGUAAUUCACAUGACAAGCUUCCUGAAAUUAUAGAACUUGAGAAUGCUGGAUUUUGUAAUAUUCGAAAACAUAAUUAUAUGAUGGUGAGAAUUUUUGGACAAGGCUUCAAAAAAUUACCUUCAAAUAAAUGUGAAGUUACUAACCUGCAGUAUAAUAGCAAUAAGUGGGCCCUUGGAAAACCUGUCUAUACCCACAUUGUUUUUCAAAAUAGUGGAGAUGGCUUUCAGCUACCCACUGAUGUUCAGUGUUCUCACACCAUGGCUCCAAUGGGUGAGAAACCAUUUGCAAAGUGGCAGUUAAAGAUAUCUAAUGAUGGGUAUAAAUUCAGUGAUCUCAAAAUAAUGAUCUUAUGUGAUGGAUGUCAGGUUUGUGGUCUCUAUGAAAAGGGCUCUUGUGCUAUAAAGGAAAAUGUUUGCAUUACUGAUGGAUUCUACAUUGAUGGGGAUAAAAAUUCUACCAGCCCUUGUUUGACUUGUAGACCUAACAUUUCAAAAACUACUUGGUCACUUUUAUGCAAAAAUUGCCAGGAAGUUGUUGAUGAACAUGAAUCUCAGCCUUGCUUUCCAGAAGUAGAGUGCCUAAAUACCUUUGGUUCCUGUGACUGUGGGUCAUAUCCAAAAGGAUUUUAUGGUAUCAGAAAAAUAUGCCAUGCCAUUUGCAGACAUAUCUGUGGAAAAAGCAGGUAGUGCGUUGCCCCUAACACCUGCAAAUGUAAACCUGGUUACACAGUAUCCAAUUGCCAAACUGCUGUAUGCCAUUCUGAUUGUAAAAACCAUGGAAGAUGUAUUAAGCCUAACAUUUGUGAAUGUCCCCCAGCAUAUGGUGGAGCAACCUGUGAUGAAGAACACUGCAGUCCACCAUGUUGCCAUGGUAGCAUUUGUUUAGCUGGCAAUCUCUGCACUUGUCCUUAUGGCUUUGUAGGAUCAAGGUAUGAAAGAAUGGUUUGUAACAGGCAUUGUGAAAAUGGAGGUGAAUGUCUUGUACCAGGUUGCCAGUGCAAGCCUAGCUGGUAUGGACCCACGUGGGGUAUAGCUUUGUGUGACCCCCUUUGCCUUAAUGGUGGUUCCUGUAAUAAGCCCAACACUGGCCUGUGUCUAAAUGGAUUCUUUGGUGCACGAUGUCAGAAUGCUAUCUGUCACCCCUCUAAGAAUGGUGGCCACUGCAUGAGAAAUAAUGUGUGUGCCUGUCAUGAAGGGUACACUGAUAAAAGAUGCCAAAAAAACAUCUGUGAUCAUAUGAAUGGAGGAAAAUGCAUUUGCUCUUGUCCUUCUGGUUGGCGAGGGAAACAAUGCAACAACACACCUGUCUGCUAUGAGAAAUGUAAAAAUGGUGGUGAAUAUAUUGCUCCCAGAGUAUGCCCCUGUCCUUCAUGGGAAGGAGUAAGUCCAGAAUCAAAUACAUAA